AGCAGGGCAGCUGCCGCUUACACUUGCUUUUGACACAACUGUGUCUCCUUGCAAUCCCCUAAAACAGACAGAAUGGUGCAUCUGUCCGGUGAGGAGAAGUCUGCGGUCACUGCCCUGUGGGGCAAGGUGAAUGUGGAAGAAGUUGGUGGUGAGACCCUGGGCAGGCUGCUGGUUGUCUACCCAUGGACCCAGAGGUUCUUCGAGUCCUUUGGGGACCUGUCCACUGCUUCUGCUGUUAUGGGCAACCCUAAGGUGAAGGCUCAUGGCAAGAAGGUGCUGGCUGCCUUCAGUGAGGGUCUGAGUCACCUGGACAACCUCAAAGGCACCUUCGCUAAGCUGAGUGAACUGCAUUGUGACAAGCUGCACGUGGAUCCUGAGAACUUCAGGCUCCUGGGCAACGUGCUGGUUAUUGUGCUGUCUCAUCACUUUGGCAAAGAAUUCACUCCUCAGGUGCAGGCUGCCUAUCAGAAGGUGGUGGCUGGUGUGGCCAAUGCCCUGGCUCACAAAUACCACUGAGAUCCUUUUCCCUCUGACCAGAAUUAUGGGAACAUCAUGAAGCCCCUUGAGCAUCUAGCUUCUGGCUAAUAAAGGAAAUUUAUUAUCAUUGCAA